UUAACUUUAUUCUCCAUUUAUUCCAUAGAGAUAAAAUGUAUUAUGAAAACAUGAAUGGAGUGCUUUUAAAAGACAUUUUUCAUGGCAAGUGAGGAAUUGAUUUGAGCCAAUCUUUCUCGUAUUCGACUGUGAAAUAUAUAAUCCAAUAUAACAGCAAUGUCAUUAGAUCUCUCAUCUGACUGUGAGUGUCCUAAUUGUUCAGAGCAUCCUCAGAAUGAGUCUGAUUGGAACCCCUAUUCCCAUGAGAGUGGUAAUGGCUCUUUACAUUCAAGAUCAAGGAAGAAAUCCAUGCUUUCUUCUAGCAUGCAGUACUUUCCUUCUCAGUGUUGUCCCACCAAGCCAGAGAGUGAUAACAAAGAAGACUCAGCAGUUCUUCCCUCAGAUGAGGAAAGCUAUGUGGGUUCUUCUCAAAACAAUCAUCCCAUUUGGAGCCUUGAGGAUAUCAAAAGGAAAAUCAAGCCAUUGAGAGAGCGGACUAUCCAAGAGUUACUGAGAGAGUUUGGGGAUAGUGGGAAGUUCCAGCCAAACUCCAUGUCCCUGAGCUACUUUAGAGAUCAGGUGGUUAUGAAGUUCAGAAGAGCUCUGUAUUAUUCUGGAAUUUGGGUGACGCAUGUUCGAGGCCACAAACCUCAUAAGCACUUUACGGCUAAUUAUUUUAAAAGAAACCCUGGUUGCCUACACCGGCUGGUUCCAUGGCUGAAACGGGAACUAACAGCUGUUUAUGGAAAUUAUGGCUACACAGUGAAGAACAUCCUAACCACCAUCCUCCAUCACAUGACAGAAUAUGACUUGGACAGUGAGUUCUUCAUUCACCUCCUGGAACCUUAUCUCUUACAACACACCCACCAUUUCCUACAUGAGUUUAUUAGUUUUGUUCAUUCACCUUACAACAUGGACACCUAUGACCAGCGAGCCAUCUAUCAAUGCUCUGCUGCUUCACCAUAUGUAAACAAGAAGCCCCUUGUGUCAGCUCUUGUUUCACCUCCGCCUAAGGAUCACACUCUACUGAUAUCUCAACAUAAUACAAAGCAGUCUAAAAACACCCAAGGUCAAUGGGAUAAAGAGGAGAGGCCCCUGUCAGGCUUGAAACAGUUUCCAAAUGGUAACUUUUCCUUGAAGAAAUCUGAAAUCCCACCAGUCUAUGAUGAAACAGUAAGCAAAAUCUAUGGUGGAAUCAAAGACAAAGCAGAAUCAGGUGACCACAAAAGCACCAUUUCUAUGAAUAAUAUACUCCAGAAGUGGGCUACUCCAAGGGAAAGGUGCCCAGGCUUACUGAAUUGCAAAAAAAAAGUUCAAGAGAAAAAGACAGAAGGGAUAAAGUUGUUUCCUGAUCAUGUCCACGAUCUGGGAAAGAGUGACUCAACCGUACACACCUUCAGUACCCCCGCAAUUUCUAAUCAGGUUCAUCCACAGAAAUAUAGUUUGAGAGAAAGAAAGGGUUUGAGCCUUGGCCAGAAGAUAAACUUUCAGAAGAAAGAAGAAGAAAAUAACAAAUACUCAGAUCCUUCACCAAAGACCAUUCAAAGACUGUCCAGAGAAAGAUCCUUGAAAAGUUGCAAAUCCAGAGAGAGAGAUCCCUCUUGGAGUUGCAUUUCAGAAAAUGCCUUUUCUCCUGAGAGAGAUGGCAGGAAACUGAGUUCUUUUAGAAAAAAGAGGAUGAAGUGUAGACAACUCUCCCAAUCUGUAGAAAUUGGUUCACACUCCAGGAGAAGAAUCCAAAGACGAUCAAGGUCCAAUACUCACAGAUCCAAAUCCUGGUGUGUUGGAUCUAGAAAGAGAUCUGUAAGCAGAGAAUCAAGUAAUCUCUCUCUGAGAGGGAGUCACAGAAGUGAACACUUCACCCAGAAUAUAUGCUGUGAGCCCUCAAAAGAAAAGCACACACAUGGCAAUGAAUCAAACUAUGGGAGGCCAUCUUCAACCACAGUCCAAUACGUGAAGCUUUCUUCAACUGCUGUGAAGAGACCCAAGUGUCCUUCUAAAAGUGAAGGUGCUUCCCAAGCAGGAAGACACGGUAACAGUCCCACAUGCCUACAUCUCCAGGAACACAGAUCCCCAAGUAAACAGGAGAUAAAGCAAAAAACAACAUUUCCUAGAACUGGAAGAACCAGAGCAGCUAGGCACAGAAAAACCAAAUGCCAUUAUUCAGACAUACACAUCACAGAGGAUGUCAAUGAUAAACUGGUCAAUCUGGAUGAUAUAAGACAAAUGAGUGGUCUGAGUGUGCACCCUCCUGCAGGAGGCAAAUCCACCAAAAACAGCAUUUGAAUCUUCAGAAUAUUCACUGGGUCAAGAAACAAUACAAAAGAAACGUACUAUCAGAAACAUAGGUGCAAAUUGUUUUAAAAGGCAAAUCAGUCUACUAAACUAGCCACCAAGCUAGUU